GUGUAUGGAUUGUGUAGUGAUUCAUGGACUUUGUUCAGUGUUUGUUAUUGCAUACAUGUAUUAGAUAUUCGGUUAUCAACGUCUUGUGAUAGAAAACGUCGUAAUUUGUAUAUUCAGGUUAUAUGUCUUUAAAAAAAUGUUAUUUAUUAAUAUUGAGUAAAUAAUAAGUAAAUCAGUCACUUAUUUUCCAGUUAUAAGGAGCAAUAUAUUACAGAUUCAACAUGUCUUAUCAGGAUGAUGAGGAUGGGAUAGCUUUUGAUGGAAACCCUAGUUCAUUUCCAAAAGACUUCGGUUAUGGAGCGUUUGAUGGUGAGCACGAUGUUACAUUAUCUUCUGCAGGAGAACAGAAGCCUAGAAUACUUUUGAUGGGUUUACGAAGAUCUGGAAAAUCAUCUAUUCAGAAAGUAGUAUUUUACAAAAUGUCCCCUAAUGAAACACUUUUUCUUGAAAGUACCAAUAAAAUAGUAAAGAAUGAUAUCAACAAUUCUAGUUUUGUGCAAUUUCAAAUUUGGGAUUUUCCUGGUCAAAUAGAUUUUUUGGAUUCAACUUUUGACUCUGAUAUGAUCUUUGGAGGUACGGGAGCCCUAAUAUUUGUUAUUGAUGCCCAGGACGACUAUAUGGAAGCCCUAAAUAAAUUAAAUCUCACAGUGACCAAAGCAUAUAAAAUUAACCCGAACAUUAAAUUUGAAGUGUUUAUUCAUAAAGUUGAUGGAUUAGGGGAUGAUUUUAAAAUGGAAUCUCAAAGGGACAUACAUCAAAGAGCAACUGAUGACCUAGCUGAUGCAGGCUUUGACCAAAUCCAUUUGAGCUUUCAUUUAACAUCAAUUUAUGAUCAUUCUAUUUUUGAGGCUUUCUCUAAAGUUGUCCAAAAGUUGAUUCCUCAGCUGCCAGCUCUGGAGAACCUUUUGAAUAUUUUAAAUACAAACUCUGCAAUAGAAAAGUCGUUUCUUUUUGAUGUAGUUUCAAAAAUAUAUAUUGCAACAGAUUCUACCCCAGUGGAUAUGCAGAGUUAUGAAUUAUGCUGUGAUAUGAUCGAUGUUGUAACAGAUGUUUCUUGUAUUUAUGGUGCAAGGGAAGAACAAGGUGACACUACAGCAUUUGAUGAGCAAAGUUCAAGUCUGAUAAAAUUAAAUAAUGGUACAGUUUUGUACCUCCGAGAAGUCAAUAACUUUCUUGCACUUGUUUGCAUUUUGAGAGAGGACCAUUUUGAAAGAAAAGGUGUAAUUGACUAUAAUUUCCUAUGUUUUCGUAAGGCAAUUCAAAAAGUUUUUGAAUUAAGAACUAAAACGCCUACCAAUGUAAAUCAUUGCAGCAGCAGCCCUGUUGUUAAUGGAAAAAAUAUAAUUAGUGAAAGCCAUAUAAGUCCUAAUUUAAUAGAAUGAAAGUAGGGUGUUUAUUUUAAGUGGUUUUAUUUGCAAUAAUGUAUAUCUCAGUGACUUUCUACAUUUAUUUAAUAAAUUGCCGUUUGUAAUAUAGUAUUAAAAUGCCCUCUAAUUUUAUUUAUUAAGCUGUUCAUAUACACUCAUAUUCCUUCUUCAAUUAAAUAUAACAUUUUUAUACACUUCAUAUAAUUGAAAUAAAGAAUAAUGCUUAA